UGGUUCUGCUUUGCAAUGAAGCAUCGCACAAUGAUCAAGCUCAGAGAACAGUACUUUGAAAAAAAUGGCGGCCUUCUUCUUAAACAACAAGUCUCUACACAUGAAAACUGUUCGAAUUUUACGAGAAUUUUCUCAUCAGAAGAGCUUGAGCAUGCGACAAAUAGCUAUAACACGGACAUGAUUAUUGGCACUGGAGGUUAUGGCACAGUCUACAAAGGAGUUCUAGAUGACGGCUCCACUGUCGCAAUCAAGAAAUCCAAAGUAAUCGAUCAGACCCAAAUCGAUCUUUUCAUCAACGAGCUUAUAAUCCUCAGCAAAAUCAACCAUCGAAAUGUUGUAAAACUACUUGGAUGUUGCUUGGAGACAGAAGUACCCAUGUUGGUAUAUGAAUUCAUAUCCAAUGGUACAUUAUACGAGCAUAUUCAUGGCACAUUUGAUCGAAUCUCAUGGAAAGAUCGUCUCAGGAUUGCAAUCGAGAUAGCUGAGGCUCUAGCAUACCUUCACUCUGCAGCAUCUAUGCCUGUGUUUCAUCGAGAUGUAAAAUCUUCAAACGUACUCCUUGAUGAACACUACACUGCGAAGGUAUCGGACUUUGGUAUAUCUCGAUUAGUACCACUGGAUCAGACUGAGAUACCUACAUUAGUUCAGGGGACGUUCGGAUAUCUUGAUCCCGAGUAUUUACAGACGAGCCAAUUGACAGCAAAGAGCGAUGUCUACAGUUUCGGGGUUGUGCUUGUAGAGCUAUUGACAGGGCAGAAGCCUGUAUCAUUUGAAAGGGCGAAAGAGGAUAGUAACUUAGCAAUGUACUUUCUGUCGUCAUUGAAAUGUAAAAGAUUUGAGGAGUUUCUUGAUGAUUAUGUGGUGAGAGAAGGGAGGGCCGAGGAGUUUGAAUGUGUCGCAGAGUUGGCUCGAAAGUGUUUGCUUCUGAGAGGGGAGAAGAGGCCGACGAUGAAAGAGGUGGCUCGAGAGCUUGCAAUUACCGCAGGGAUUGGGAGAAGUGAGGAGAAAGAAGUUGAGGACGAAGAAGAAGAGUACAGGGGCUUGGGUUUGUUGGAUGGCCAAGUUAGUUUGCCUGCAAAUUUGUCUGUGACUAUUGAUUUAGCAAGCACCAAGAACCUCCGCCAUCCGUUCGACGGUACUGUAGCCGCCCCCAGGCCUCCUCCAUCGCCGCCCACCAUGAAACCCGCCCGCAUCUCCUCCUCCUUCCUCCUCCUCCUCCUCCUCGUCCUCGUCCUCGUCCUACCCUCUGCGAAAUCCAGCAGGGCUACGAGCGUGAACAACCCCCAGCUCAACUGCGCGCCUCCUCCAACUCACCACGUCCUCGGCUACGCCCUGCAACUCCCUCCCUCCUGCCCUCCUUCAUUCUCCUUCCGCCCUCAGGCGCCCCACCUCCAGUCCCCCUCCCUCCUCAACUCCCUCCUCGUCCUCCAACCUCACCCCUCCUCCUCCGACCCGCCUCCCGCCAACGGCCUCGUCACCCUCCCGCGUCACCUGCCUCCUGCUCGGGAGCCCUACUACCAGCCACAACGCGACUACAGGAUCAAGCCACGGGCGAGACUACUUCGCCAUCGCCAACGACACCUACCAUGGGCCUCUCCACUUGCCAAGGCCAUGAUACGACCAGAACCCCUCUCUACGACCCCAGGAGGCUGGCCGCUGGGACGAGCUCACGUGCCCAUCGCUGCCGCUGCCGACCCCGAGCAGAGGAGGGCCGGGGCCAAGUAUCUGCUCACCUACCUGGUCACCUGGCGCGGGACGGACGACUGCCCACCAUCUCCCAGAGGUUCGGCGGAUCGAGCAAUCGGCGCCGUCCUUCCUCGACGGCAACUCGCUGGCCUAUGGCGACGUCAUCUUACCUUUCCCACCCUCCUGAUCCCGCUCGCGCACGCGAACGAGCAGUCGGUUCAGGCACCCGGCCGCCGCCGCCGCCUCGGCGGCACCGAGAAGCGCCGCGCCUCGGUGAAGAGGGGCGACGGGGUCAGAGGCGCGUUCUUGGCUAAGAAGUGGGUGUUUGUCGGGGUUGGGAUCGGCGCUGGUUUUGUGGUGCUGUGCGGGCUUUUGGGCUGGUACUAUUUCUGCUGUUUCAGGCUUCGCGGCCGCCAGCUGCUCGGUGAUAUGCCCGUUCAGCAAGCGAAGAAGGCGGGCGUCUCCACGUCCAGCGAGUACGGAGCCUUAUCGGGCAAGGCUUCGACGGGCACGUUUAUGUCGAGCGAGAUCCGCGGGUUUGUCGAGGCUCUGGUGGUGUACAGGUUCUCGGAUUUGGAGAAGGCGACCGGGUUCUUCGCGGAGGAUCACAGGAUCAGAGGCUAUCGAGCGGUGAUCAAUGGGGACGAUGCUGCGGUCAAGAGGAUCAAUGGGGAUGUGUCGAGCGAGAUCAGGAUCUUGAAGAGGAUCAACCAUUCGAAUGUCGUCAGGCUUUCGGGUUUCUGCGUUCAUGAGGGCAACACCUACCUCGUCUAUGAGUUUGCAGAGAAUGGAGCUCUAUCUGAUUGGCUUCACCAUGGGAAGGGCUCCGUUGAUCGCGUGCUCAGUUGGAAGCACAGAGUUAGAGUGGCUUAUGAUGUUGCAGAUGGACUCAAUUACCUUCAUAACUACACUGAUCCUCCUUAUAUACACAAGAAUCUGAAGAGCAGUAACAUUUUGCUCGAUAGCGAGUUCAGAGCGAAAUUGGGUAAUUUUGGACUCGCUCGCGCCGUAGAAGAGGAGGAAAAGGGCCUACAACUAACUCGACAUGUUGUGGGUACCCAAGGAUAUAUGGCACCCGAGUAUCUUGAGCAUGGGCUCAUAACUCCCAAGCUAGAUGUGUUUGCUUUUGGUGUUAUCAUACUGGAGCUCUUAUCGGGGAAAGAAGCUAUAUUCGCAAAGGAUGGGGACAAUAAGGGAGAAGUGCUGUUAUGGGCGUCGAUAAGGGAAGUGAUGAAAGGCGAAAAUGUCAGGAGUCAGGUUAGAGAUUUCAUCGAUCCUUGUUUGGGAAACGAGUACCCUUUUGAUUUGGCUUUCGCGAUGGCUGAAGUGGCGCUGAGAUGUGUGGUGGUUGAGCCUGGAUCGAGGCCAGCGAUGGCUGAAGUGGUGACGUCCUUGUCGGCGAUAUAUAAUUCUACAUUGGAUUGGGAUCCAUCGGAUGUUGGAAACAUGAGUUCUGUGGUUCGUGGAAGGUAAGCAAGUUUUAAUGUUUGGAUGAAAAUGGGAGAUUAACAUGUCACAGUGUGCAUGCAUCCCAUUGAGUUGUUCAUAUUAUUAAGGAGAUAGGCGUGGCUUGCUGCUGGAACGAGAUGCACAAUAUACAGGAGAUUUUUUGUGAUUCUUUUCCGAGGUGGGUCAGGGCUUUUCUAAUGAUUAUAUUGGUGUCUGUAUGUUUGGAAAACGUUGUUUGUGAUGGUAUUGUAAUCUUGUGUGUGUUGUUUUGGCUGAAAACUGUGAACAAGCUACUCAUUCAUCUAUUCAAUAAAAACUUUGCAUUCUAUUUA